AUGGACGGAUUAUACGAGAAGAUGACGGUCAUGGCGGCAGUGAGUCUGGCUGUCUUGGCCACGGUGAGGUCGUCCCCAGUGGUGGGACCGGAGCCUAUCCGCUGUGCCCCUUGUACCCAGGAGAAACUGAACCAUUGUCCUGCCAUUCCAGCAGAUUGCAAGCAGGUGCUGAGGGAGCCCGGCUGUGGCUGCUGCAUGGCCUGCGCUCUGGAGAAAGGGGCAUCCUGUGGGGUUCACACAGCCCACUGCAGUGAGGGUCUCCGCUGCACUCCCAGGCCCGGUGAGGCCAGGCCUCUACAUGCUCUGACCAGAGGACAGGGGGUCUGCACUGAAGACCUAGGCCAAGGUGAGGAAGCUGAUGGAGUCCCUGACCACGGCUCCCUGCACUACCUGUUGGGGCUCAACCACCCGUUGGACCACCAAGACACUGCUGAGGGCCAGGAGAGUAUCAAGGCCAAAGUCAAUGCCAUCCGCAACAAGCUGGUACAACAGGGUCCUUGUCACAUUGAACUGCAUGCAGCACUGGACAUGAUAGCCAGCUCCCAGCAGAAACUAGGAGAGAAGUUCACAACUUUCUACCUCCCCAACUGUGAUAAGCACGGCUUCUACAAGGCCAAGCAGUGUGAGUCAUCUCUGGUCGGACCGCCCGCUCGCUGCUGGUGUGUCUCUUCCUGGAAUGGGAAGAAGAUCCCAGGCUCGAGUGACCUCCUCGGUGACUCAGAGUGUCAUCAAGAAGUCACUUACUGAAGGAUGGACUCUGUUAUCACUCAUAAACACACUUGCCCACACACACACACACACACGGACACAAGGAAACACAAAAAUACAUAUUGUGUUUCCUAUAUUUAACCUAACAUCAGGUGAAUGUGUAAAUAUACAUGCAACAACCUGAUGAAUUUACUUAAAAAAAAACAAAAAAAAAACACAAGAUGUAAAAUAUUAUUUCCGAGGGGAACUUUCCUCUCAUUUUAUUUACAUGUAUGUAUCAAGACUUAUUUAUUCAGUACUUGUAUAUUCUUACUAGCAUUAACCAUUUGUCAUUUUUAGAUUUUUUAUAUGUUUGCCUAUUUUUUCAAUUGUAAAUAGGGCAACACUGUAUACAUUUGUAUUUCUGACUAAAUAACUCCAUUGCUCAAAAACCACAGGUCCGCAGCUCUGCCAAGCCCAUUUCAGAGUCUUCAGGAUCAGUUUUUUUUUUUUUCCAAUUCAUUCAAACCUGGAGCUGUGCACGGCACGAAACAACACAGCCGCUCAUUCAUUCAACAUGUUGACAUUGUCUGAAUGUAUCUCCAUUGGCGUUUCCUCAAUGGGUAUUGGGGGAAAUACUUAAAGUGCCGCAAAUAUGUGCACGGUGGCCAAGCACAAACAUAUCAAGGCUCAUCCAAGCCACCGUGAGGUUUGGGAUGGGUUGUUCUGCAUUUGUCUACCUCUACUAGUCUCUGCAGGUUCUACAGGUUUAGCAGAAGAUUGCUGAGGGCUCUUCUCAGUUACACCUUUCUGACUUUUAUUCGCCUAGAGGGUCAUUGUGCUCUUUUUCGACCUAUUCUAGCAUCUAUUCUAUAGUAUUUAUUAUGAUUCACUCAUGUGUUUAUGCUUUUGUUGUUGAGGUCAUGUGCAGUGGACCAAAACUGUUCAUGAAUGCUGUUUGCCAGGAACGCUGCUGCUAUUCCAUUACUGGUUUUGUUGAAACAAUGUAUAUAUUCUUCUAAUUCUGUGGACGUGUAUCUAAUUAAAGUAUUAUUUCAUCCUGAUGGCCUCAUGUGUAAAUGUGUCAGUCUUUCCCGUACACACGAGAGGGUAAAAUAGAGAGGAAAAAAAGGAAACUUAAACACCUGGAUAAUUUUAUACUGCCUUUAUUAAGUAAAAAUAGACCUCUGAGAUUUGCAUUGUACAUGCAAACAGCGUAUUUACUUAAACAAGGUAAGUGAUGAAAAUUAUCACUGGCAAGACAGAGAUCAGAGAUAACGGUUUGUGGCCUUUAUCCCAAAGAAUCCAGCUUAUGCAAAAUGACAAUAAAAACAUUAACAACCACAGUACUUAUGAAAGGACAUGUUCCUCUGUCUGUAGCUUAAAAUCCAGCAUAAAAAACUUGAUAUGCACUGUAGUGUUUGAGCUGCACAGUCCUGUCCAACUCCCUGAGGAGCAGGAAGCAACUGGAAAAAACAAAAAAAAAACAAAACAUAAUUCAUAAGAGUAGAAAUUCAUUGUAAGGCAACCAGGAAGGCACUGCAUGCUUACUCCGAAAGACGUAUUUGAACAUACAUUUAUCGUUGUCAUGACCACACACAAUGUCUUUAUAACAAAUCACAAGCAUACAAAUUAUGAUUAUACAUCACAAGCAUGUACACGUGUGUAAUGCCACGUAACUGUGCGUAAAUGAAGAGUACUCUCAUCGAUGCUUGUGACAAGUACAAAAUGUCUCUGUGUAUAAUAAUCAAAAUUUGGGCCUCUGAGAGAAAUUCAUUAAGUGUAUCCUCUUCUCAGACGCCGUCCAGGUUGCGUUCAGACACAAACAGCUUAUGAAGAAUCCAUCCCGUCGUAGAAAAGUACAGAAUGUAUCUAGCGACACAAGAGGAUUUUUUCCUCCUGGUACUCUUCCUCUGUUCCCCCUGCACUGCCUCAGAAAAAGGUCCCACAGGCAACAGAUAGAAAUAGCAAACAUCCAUAUAUCGGCUGAGCCAUCUCUUGACCUCUCUCCCAAUAUCCUCAGUGUCUCCAUUUGUUUACAAUUC